GAAGUGACCCAAGAGCAGAGGAAGACUACAAUUCCCGGCAUGCCAUGCGCCUAGAUGCCCCUCAGCAGCCGUUUGCGCGCCUCAUCUGAACCGGCGCGACAUGGAGAGCGGGGAGGAGAGCGCCAGAAGCGACUUCAAGAAGGAGACUGUGAACAAACUGCUCCAGCUCUACUUCAAAGAUGACAAAACACGAGUGAGUGGUGAUGCUCUGUUGCUGAUGGCAGAAAUGCUUAAAGUAUUUGUUCAAGAGGCAGCAGCACGAGGCGCACGGCAAGCUGAAACAGAGGACCUGACCAAGGUGGAAGUGGAGCAUGUGGAAAAAGUGCUGCCACAGCUGCUUCUGGACUUCUAGAAAACUGAUGAUGCAAAUCUUGCCUUCCUGCUACUUUGGAUUGACUCCUGGCACAAAGUGGGCUACAAACGUCCACAUGGAAUCUGUUCCAGAGUGACUGUGCUUACUGGAAUGAUAGUCCUCCUUUGUGCUCCCUUCUACUUAAUUACCAUUCUUUUUACCUAGGUGCCUGCUUGCUCUCGAAUGUCAAAUGGGCUGGAUUUUUUUUAAUGAUCACAGUGCCGAAGCAAAUGGCCCUGAGCCACUUGAGACUCUGCCCUAUCCUGCUGCUUCCCAUUCACGGCCAGGCAGAGCUUCCACUUUUCCGAUGGGAGAAACAGGUGUCUUCCUGUAGGGAUGUGUGGAAAGAGUGAGUUUGCCUGGAAGCAUUCCCUGCCCUGUAGGCUCUCAUCACCCCUGCAAGCUUUUUAAAGGAUAAUUUCAUGCCCUGCCUGCAGUCUGAGCUCUUAAACAGGAGCCAGGGCCGGGUCUGUGCCAGCAGCAGGUACCUGAUCUUUAUUUUAUAAAUAAACAGUGCCUGUCCCUCAACCUUUCCAGCAUUCCACUGGGGCCAUGACAUCAAAGAGGGCUUGGAACCUUUUAACCAUUUGAUAUUCUCAGAAGCUGCUUCCCUCUGCUAUAAAUUUGUUCUCACAAAGAAACUUCAAUAAAUCAAAAAUAGUUUCCCUCCCUUUUGCAGGCUCCUUGUUGCAAUUAAUCAUAGAAAGUCAAGUAGCUUCAAAGGGUUGUUUGGCCUUCCCUCCACCCCCUCUUUGUAGGACGAAAGAAAAACUUUCAAAAAGGAGCAGAAUAACAAACAGCAUGUGUGAGGAUCCCACAUCACGCAGGACCCAGCCCCUCUGUCAGCAGGGGAGGGGGAGGCUGUGAAAUAGUAAACCUCACACAUGGGAAAGGCAGGGUAGAGCCCAGCAACUCUGACUUCACAGCAAAAUAAAGCCUAGGCCUGCUGAGGACAAAGUAACUGCAUUUUAAGGCAUGAAUACAGCAGUGCAGUACUGGUGUACUCAACCGUAAGCCCUGUUGUUCAGUGGGACUUACUCCUAGCUAAGAAGGCAUUCCUAUUGUUGCUUAUAGAUUAAUGUCCAAGCUGAGUGAUAAAGAGUAGUUUGCCAAAGUUGUUUCUAAUAUACCCACUGCUACAUAUUAAUAACUAACAGGAACAAAAGGAGAGAAAUCUGAAAGCUUGCAAUUUCCAUCAGCACUAGCCAACACAGUCAAUUAAAAAGAAUCAUGGAACUUGCAGUACAACAUGUGGGAGGCUGCAGUCAUUUAUGCCUCACUCCUCAUUUAAUAGCAGAGAAAUCUGACUUCAAGCACUAGUUAACUAAUUUUACAUUAUCUAAUCAGGCUUGACUGGGAGCUGCUUCCCUGAAUAAUUUUCCCCAUUGCCUGCUACUUCACCUUUUAUCCAGAUUGCAGGGCUGGAAUUGUUUACAUGUGAUGCCGGUACCUGCCAUUGAGCAAGGGCAUUUUCCCUGUUGUACAAAGUCAGUGCUAAAGCUACACUAAACAAGGAUGACAGUUUUUUAUGAAACCUCUACGUAAGCAGCCAAGCAAAGUGGAAAGACAAUUAUAUGCUCUAAUACAUUAUAAAAACUGUUCUAUACCAAUGACAUGCAUGCAAUCAAAUCCUGCAUAUUUAUAUGGAAGCAGAAAUAAAUAUGGCCAAUUGUAGAGUA